CAUGGGCGAACAAAACACAUGGAUACGAACACGCCGAAGAAGGAUGGAGGAUUCAGAAUGUGUAUCGACUACCGCGCGCUCAACCGGAUCACCAUCAGUCAUGUUACCCGAUCCCAUGAGCCGACAAACUUCUUGACCAACUUUGAGGGGCCAAGUUUUUCUCGAAAAUCGACUUGCGUGGAGGUUACCAUCAGAUUCGCGUCGUCGCCGAAGAUUGUCACAAGACGGUAUUUCCAAUCCGCUAUGGCAGCUACGAGUACCUGCCGACGACGUACGCAACUGGUUCUAGCGGAAACGACGCCAUCCUCGUGGUCGUUGACCGACUCACGAAUAUGGCCCACUUCAUCGCCUGCCAAUAGAAAAUUACAGCUGAGCAAACUGCCCAACUGCUCAUCGCCAACGUCAUCAGACUGCACGGAUUGCCCACCACCAUUAUUUCUGACCGAGGCCCGAAAUUCACAUCGAAUUUCUGGUGCCACCUGUGGGACCAAUUCGGCACCAAACUACAGUUUUCCUCCGCCUACCACCUACAGACUGAUGGGCAGACUAAACGAGUCAACCAAACUAUGGAGCAACUCAUUCGAACUACCUGCACUGACCCACAGACAUGGGAGCAAUCCCUUCAGCUGCUGGAAUUCGAGUAUAAUAAUGCGCCUUCCGCAUCAACCCACCAAUCCCCACUUUUCCUUUAUUACGGUCAGGACCCCGUGGUACCCUCUACACCAAACAUCGAGACACCCGUACCCCGAUCCCAGCGAUUUGCCGAAUACAUCCUCGCAACCCGAGAAAAAGCAGCCCAGGCAAUCCGGAAAGCCAACCUGGUCGCAAGCCGACAAGCCGAUCGUCAUCGACGUGACGUCACCUACAAAGUGGGGGAUCUCGUGCUACUUGACACUCGCAAUUUGCGGAAAGAAGGGCAGGGGAAAGGGAGAGAAGGGCAGGGGGAUAGGGAGAGAAGGGCAGGGGGAAAGGGAGGAGGGCAGGGGGAAAGGGAGAGAGGGCAGGGGAAAGGGAGAGAAGGGCAGGGGAAAGGGAGAGGAGGGCAGGGGAAAGGGAGGCGGGCACGGGGAAAGGGAGAGAAGGGCAGGGGGAAAGGGAGAGGAGGGCAGGGGGAAAUGGAGAGGAUGGCAGGGGGAAAGGGAGAGAAUGGCAGGGUUAAGGGAGAGAAGGGCAGGGGGAAAGGGAGAGAAGGGGGGGGAAAGGGAGAGAAGGGCAGGGGAGGAAGGGAAGGGGGGAAAGGGAGAGGAGGGCAGGGGGAAAGGGAGAAGAGGGGAGGGGAAAGGGAGAGGGGGGGGGGAAAGGAGAGAGGGCAGGGAGAAAGGGAGAGGAGGGGAGGGGGAAUGGGAGGAGGUCAUGGGGAAGGGAGAGGAUGGCAGGGAGAAAGGGAGGAGGGCAGGGGGGAAAGGGAGAGAAGGGCAGGGGAAAGGGAGAAGGGCAGGGGGAAAGGGGAAGAGGGCAGGGGGAAAGGGAGAGAGGGCAGGGAGAAAGGGAGGAGGGGGGGGAAAUGGAGAGGAGGACAGGGGAAGGGGAGAGGAUGGCAGGGAGAAAGGGAGAGGAGGGCAGGGGGAAAGGGAGAGAAGGGCAGGGGAGGGAGGAAGCAGGGGGAAAGGAGAGAAGGGCAGGGGAAAGGGAGAGAAGGGCAGGGGAAAGGGAGAGGAGGGCAGGGGGAAAGGGAGAGGAGGGCAGGGGGAAAGGGAGAUAAGGGCGGGGAAAGGGAGAGGAGGGCAGGGAGAAAGGGAGAGGAGGGCGGGAAGGGGAGAGGAGGGCAGGGGAAAGGGAGAUGAGGGGAUGGGGGAAAGGGAGAAGGGCGGGAAAGGAGAGAGGAGGCGGGGAAAGGGAGGGAAGGCAGGGGAAAGGGAGGGGGGAGGGGGAAAGGGAGAGAAGGGCAGGGGAAGAGAGCGGGCGGGAAAGGAAGAGAAGGGCAGGGGAAAGGGAGAGGAGGGCACGGGGAAAGGGAGAGAAGGGCAGGGGGAAAGGGAGUGGAGGGCAGGGAGAAAUGAGCGGAUGGCAGGGGAAAGGAGAGAAGGGCAGGGGAAAGGGAGAGAAGGGCGGGGAAAGGGGAAGAGGGCAGGGGAAAGGGAGAGAAGGCAGGGGAAAGGGAGAGAAGGGCGGGGGAAAGGAGAGGAGGGCAGGAAAGGGAGAAGGGCAGGGGAAAGGGAGAGGGCAGGGGGAAAGGGAGAAGGGCAAGAGGAAAGGAGAGAAGAGCAGGGGGACAGGGAGGAGGAGGGGGAAAGGGAGACGAGGGCAGGGGGAAAGGAGAGGAGGCGGGAAAGGGAGACGAGGGGAGGGGGAAAGGGAGGAGGGCACGGGGAAAGGGAGAGAAGGCAGGGGGAAAGGGGAGGGCAGGGAAAGGGAGGGAGGGCAGGGGGAAAGGGAGAGGAGGGAGGGGGAAAGAGGAGGAGGCGGGGAAAGGGAGAGGAGGGCACGGGGAAAGGGAGAGAAGGGCGGGGAAAGGAAGAGGAGGGCAUGGGGAAGGGAGUGGAGGGCAGGGGGAAAGCGAGAGAAGGGCAGGGGGAAGUGAGAGGAGGGCAGGGGAAAGGGAAAGGAGGCGGGAAAGGAGGGAGGGGAGGGGGGAAAGGAGAGAGGGCGGGGAAAGGGGGGAGCAGGGGGAAGGAAGAGGCAGGGGGAAAGGGAGAGGGGGAGGGGGAAAGGGAGAGGGGGAAAGGGAGAGGAGGGCAGGGAAAGGGAGAGGGCAGGGGGAAAGGGAGAGGAGGGCACGGGGAAAGGGAGAGAAGGCAGGGGAAAGGGAGGGGGCAGGGGAAUGAGAGGAUGGAGGGGGAAGGAAGGGCAGGGGAAAGGGGAGGGCGGGGAAAGGAGAAGAGGGCAGGGAAAGGGAGAGAAGGGCAGGGGAAAGGGAGAGAGGGAGGGGAAAGGGAGAGGAGUGGAGGGGGAAAGGGAGACGCUCCGCAAAGGUAGCACAAAGUGCAGUAGAUUGCAAGUUCAUGGAGAACUUACCGUACAAGGAGUGGAAGGCGGAGAAUCAAGCGAAGAUUGGUGUGCGGCUUGGAGAGGUGAAGAGUACCGGCUUGGAGCAUGUGGAGCUGCCCUUGGAGCUGAGUAGCAGCAGCACAAUCACGAGGCAAUCUCCUCAAAUGAAUGGGGAUGAGGAGG